GGACUAAGCCUUAUACAUAUACCUCUUGUGUGCAUUUACCACCACUAAACAACAAAACCAAAGGAGAAAAAGGAAAAUUAAGUAUAUAUAUACAUAUCCAUUAAGCCUACUUGAACUUAGUGUGACCAUUUUUGUGUUUGAGAUGGUGACUUUGGGAGAGCUAAAUGGUGAAGAGGAGGUUCCACUUGUCCAACAUAACCCUUUGGUCUUGGAGAUUAAUGGUUUCCAAAACCAACUCAUAGAAAAGGGUAAGGAACUUGCAACUUGCCAGGGUGAAGUCAAGGCCUUAAGGGCAACUGAAGCUCUGAAGGAUAAGGCCAUAGAAGAGCUGAGAAAUGAAGUUAGUAAACUGGAUCAGAAACUUAGAACAACUGAGAAUCAUCUUAAGGACAAGAAUCUAGAAAUCAAGAAACUGACAGAAGAAAAGAAAGACGCCUUGGCCGCGCAAUAUGCAGCAGAAGCAGCUCUUAGAAGGGUACAUUUAGAUCAGAAGGAUGAUGAUUAUAUUCCAUUUGAGAGUGUGAUCACUCCUCUUGAGGAUGAGAUCAAGUUGUAUAAAAAUGAGAUUAAAGCACUGCAAGAAGAUAAGAAGGCAUUGGAACGGCUCACAAAGUCGAAAGAGCUGGCAUUGCUCGAAGCAGAGAGGAUACUAAGAAGUGCACUAGAGAGGGCUCUAAUAGUUGAGGAAGUUCAGAAUGAAAACUUUGAUCUGAAGAGACAGAUUGAGAUUUGCCAGGAGGAGAACAAAAUCUUAGAGAAAACGCAUCGCCAAAAGAUCAUGGAAGUUGAAAAGCUUAGCCAAACCAUUCAUGAACUUGAGGAGGUCAUCUUAGCUAGUGGAACAACUGCUAACGCCGUUCGAGACUAUAAGCGACAGAUUUCUGAACUGCAAGAGGAGAAGAGGACAUUGGAGAGGGAGCUAGCAAGAGUGAAAGUUUCAGCUAACAGAGUUGCAACUGUUGUGGCUAAUGAGUGGAAGGAUGAAAAGGAUAAGGUCAUGCCGGUCCGGCAAUGGCUAGAAGAGAGGAGGAUUAUGCAGGCCGAGAUGCAACGAUUGAAAGAAAAGCUAGCUAUAUCAGAGAGAACAGCAAAGGCAGAGUCACAAUUGAAGGACAAACUAAAGCUGAGGCUGAAAACACUAGAAGAAGGCUUAAAACAGUUUGGUGAAUCUCCAAAAACAGAAAAGUCUAGCAUCUUGAGUUUUUUAGCUACUAAUAGUGGAGUAAGAAGCAGAUCCACAUCACAACCAAGAGGAUCUUCUGUUGGAAGCUCUUUGUUCCAGAAACCAAGCAUGAAAAACAACACAGACAUUGCUGCUGGGAACCUAGGACAAGGUGGAACUACAAAAAGGAAACACGGUUCUGUGGAAAACGUGUUGAAGAAAGGUAUAUGGGCAAGAAGUAAAGUUGGUGAUAGUAGUGAAAAGGAAAAUGAGAUGCAGGUGAACAACACAGGAAUGAACUUAGAUAGCUGCAAUAAUGAGAGAGAAGCAGAUGACUCCAAAACCAAGGAUGAUAUGGUCUCAGGUUUUCUGUAUGAUAGGCUUCAAAAAGAGGUCAUCAGUUUGAGGAAGUUUUGUGGAGUUAAAGAGAGUAGUUUGCAAACCAAAGAUGAGGAAAUAAAGGUAUAUGGCUUGCAGAUGCUUACAAAGAAAGUUGAUGCACUUACAAAGGCAAUGGAAGUGGAGUGUAAGAAAAUGAGAAGAGAAGCAGCUGUUAGAGAAAAGGAGGCUACACCAACAAAGUCAGAAAUAAACAGAAGAAACAGAAGCUCAACUCCUCUCAAAGGGCGAUAAAGCGAGCGCUGAAGAUUCUUUAUCUAGAGAACAAUGAAGGAGAUUUAUUGUCAUGAGAUUUUCAUUUGUGUUGAAAUAAACUCUCAAUUGGAGAAAGAAAGUCAGGGAUUUGAAUGUACACACAGAAGGAUUACUAUGUCUUCCACUAUAUUUAGAUAAAUAAUAUUGAUAUUUGAUUUUCUCUU